CAGUUUUUCUCUGUCCAGCGUUCAUUCACUACGAUGCGCGCCUAGUUGAAGGAGGUUCUCCGUACCCGGUCCCCUUUGCAUGCCUAAAACUUUCUAAUGAAAUCCCCAAACCUUUUUUGACAAACAUUACUUUUUUCUCUGCGGGCCAAGAGGGUUUUCGACACAUUAAUCCGCGUUUUUACUGAAAAGAAAACUUCAGAACAUGGAGCCCAGUUCCACAGAGGGAGGAGCUGAAGAGAAGCUCCUUAAAAAUAAUCCACCAAGUCUUCCUCACAAAGUGAUUCUCAAACAUGGCCAAGAGUUGGAGGAAGAGCAGGAGGAGUUGGCAGAGCACCAGCCUCUAGAGCAGGAAGACCUGAACUUUGAGAGAUGGAAGCGCAGGCCGUUACCCAAGAGGACACUCCACCAGAAAAUAGACGACUUGAAGACGUACCUGUGGAAUGCAGAGACCAACGAAUUCAUGGGUCGCUCUGGAAAGAGCUGGAGCCUCAUCCUUCUCUUCUAUACUGCACUUUAUGUGUUUCUCGCAGCCAUGUUUGGUGGUUGUAUGUUUUGCCUCAUGUGGUCUAUUAGUCCCUACCAUCCAACCUACAAUGACAGAGUGAUGCCACCAGGUAUGACGAUGGCCCCAUAUCUAGAAGGCCAUGAGAUCGCCUUUAACGCCUCUGAUCGCAAAUCCUGGAAGAAGUAUGCAAGGUCUAUGGAUGAAUAUCUAAGAUCAUAUAACGAUGGAACUCAGGAGAGGAAGAACAUUCGCUGCACACAGGACAGAUACUUCAUGCAGGAUGACUUGGAGGAGAGCGCAGAGCGGAAAGCGUGUCAGUUUAAGAGGUCCUGGUUGGGGGACUGUUCUGGGCUACAGGACCCCCACUAUGGCUAUUCUCAGGGAAGGCCAUGCAUCCUCCUUCGAAUGAACCGGAUUCUUGGUUACUUACCUGGCCAGGGCAAACCAAUAAAUGUGACUUGUGGAGUUAAGAAAGGACCUCCAGAAGCUUUGGGAGAAAUCCAAUUUUUCCCUAAAAGUAUUUUUGACAUGAAGUACUAUCCAUACUAUGGGAAGCUCAGACAUGUAAACUACUCUGCGCCCGUGGUGGCUGUGCGUUUUGCAGGAGUGCAGUACGACACUCACAUCCAAGUACAAUGCAAACUGAAUGGCAAGGGCAUCAUAAAUGAUUCACCCACUGACCGCUACCUGGGCAGUGUGACCUUCACCUUGGACGUUGGAGCGUAAGGCAAAAAUAUCGCUGCCAGCAGGAUGCUCCCAUGACAAUGAGGCAGGAAAAUGUACAAAAAAAAUUAUGUUGAAACAUUAUAUUCCAUGAAAUAUGUAAUUUCCCCCUCCUUAUCUUUCACUUAAAUAUCCAUGUCUUCUGCUGUGAAACAAAUUUCUCAAGAAGUAGAUAUUUACUCUUGUGUUUCUGUUAUAUCUUUGUACCUUGAGCAUGCUACUGGCACCUGCACCCACAACAAACAGUGCUGAGCACAGGACAAGUGCGUAGAGUGAGUUGGAAUUCAAUUUCUGAUAUUUUGUAAUGAUUAGCAAAAUUAAUCAAACUAAAUUUACACUCUGCCCACUAGUUAGCAUUUCUGGCUAUGCAAAUCCAAUUAUGACUUAAAACAUUAAUAGGCAAUUAGAAAUAUUGUUUUAUCAGGUUAGAUUAUGGUUUUGUGUACACAUUUGUGUGUGAUAAAGUGUACUAAUUUGUUUUGCAUUAUAUUUUUCAAACAUGUAUAUUGUAAGAAUUCAAAGAACUAUCAUGCAAACACUGAAAGCAGGACUUGUACUGUACUUACACAGUAAAAAAGACAAUAAUAAAUGACUGCAAAUACACUAUUACUAUAUUUUUGUUGAAUAUAGCAGUAUUAUAUACAUUUAUGAUAAAGCGUCACAAGCCACUUCUUGCCUUCUUUUGUAAAAACAUUUGCUUUUGAAAAUGAAAUACUACACAAGACUGAUCAAUAAAAAGACAUACUGUACUGUGAAAUAGUUUGUGAAAGGUCUGUACCAUUUUAAAACAGUAUAACUAUUUUUGAUAGUAUUAAUCCUGCCUGAACUGUGCUACUAAACUUGGUAUCAAUGUUGUAUUUAUUCCUAUUAUAGUUAUUAUAAUAAAUACAAUGUUCUGGUA